UGCCUGCACUGCAAGUGUCCACAGGAGGAGCACAUGGUGACAGUGAUGCCGCUGGAGAUGGAGAAGACUGUCAGCAAACUCAUGUUUGACUUCCAGAGGAACUCCACCUCCGACGAUGACUCGGGCUGCGCCUUAGAAGAGUAUGCCUGGGUCCCGCCGGGUCUGAAGCCUGAGCAGGUCCACCAGUAUUACAGCUGUCUUCCAGAGGAGAAGGUCCCGUAUGUCAACAGCCCUGGAGAGAAGCUGCGGAUCAAGCAGCUUCUCCACCAGCUUCCACCACAUGACAAUGAGGUUCGAUACUGCAACUCUCUGGAUGAGGAGGAGAAAAGGGAGCUGAAGCUGUUCAGCAACCAGAGGAAGCGGGAAAACUUGGGCCGGGGCAACGUCCGGCCCUUCCCAGUCACCAUGACGGGAGCUAUAUGUGAACAGUGCGGAGGCCAGAUCAAUGGUGGAGACAUCGCUGUCUUUGCAUCGCGCGCCGGCCACGGUGUCUGCUGGCACCCACCCUGCUUCAUCUGCACUGUCUGCAACGAGCUGCUGGUGGACUUGAUCUACUUCUAUCAAGAUGGGAAGAUAUACUGUGGCCGGCAUCACGCUGAGUGCCUGAAGCCACGCUGUGCCGCCUGUGAUGAGAUCAUCUUUGCUGAUGAGUGCACAGAAGCGGAGGGCCGUCACUGGCAUAUGAAGCACUUCUGCUGCUUUGAAUGCGAGACAGUGCUAGGAGGUCAGCGCUACAUCAUGAAGGAAGGCCGACCCUACUGUUGCCACUGCUUCGAGUCCCUGUACGCCGAAUACUGCGACACUUGUGCCCAACACAUCGGGAUUGACCAAGGCCAGAUGACCUACGAUGGCCAGCACUGGCACGCCACCGAGACCUGCUUCUGCUGCGCUCACUGCAAGAAGUCCCUCCUGGGACGGCCGUUCCUCCCGAAGCAGGGCCAGAUUUUCUGCUCUCGGGCUUGCAGUGCCGGUGAGGACCCCAAUGGCUCUGACUCCUCUGAUUCUGCCUUCCAGAACGCCAGGGCCAAGGAGUCCCGGCGCAGCGCCAAAAUCGGCAAGAACAAGGCCAAGACCGAGGAGCCCGUGCUGACCCAGCACAGCCAGAUGCAGGUCGGUGCCAACCUGCUGUCGGCCGACGUGGACCCCCUGUCGAUGCAGAUGGACCUGCUCAGCCUGUCCAGCCAGACGCCCAGCCUCAACCGGGACCCCAUUUGGAGGAGCCGGGAUGAGCCCUACCAUUACGGGAACAAGAUGGAACAGAACCAAUCCCAGAGCCCCCUGCAGCUCCUCAGCCAGUGUAACAUCAGAACUUCCUACAGCCCGGGAGGGCAAGGCGCCGGGGCCCAGCCUGACAUGUGGGGCAAGCACUUCAGCAACCCCAAAAGGAGCUCGUCCCUGGCUAUGAAGGGGCACGGAGGUAGCUUCAUCAAGGAAUGCCGAGAGGACUAUUAUCCGGGCAGGCUGAGGUCCCAGGAAAGCUACAGCGACAUGUCCAGUCAGAGCUUUAGUGAGACCAGAGGGAGCAUCCAAGUCCCCAAAUACGAGGAAGAGGAGGAGGAGGAAGGGGGCAUGGCCACCCAGCAGUGUCGGACCCGCCACCCCAUCAGUUCCCUGAAAUACACUGAGGACAUGAUGCCCACUGAGCAGACGCCUCGGGGCUCCAUGGAGUCGCUGGCCCUGUCUAAUGCAACAGGCCUCUCCGCUGACGGUGGCGCCAAACGCCAGGAGCACCUGUCCCGAUUCUCCAUGCCUGACCUCAGCAAAGACUCCGGCAUGAACGUCUCGGAGAAGCUGAGCAACAUGGGCACCCUUAACUCCUCCAUGCAGUUCCGGAGCGCGGAGUCAGUGCGCAGCCUGCUGUCGGCGCAGCAGUACCAGGAGAUGGAGGGCAACCUCCACCAGCUCGGCAGCCCCCUCGGCUACCGGGACCUGCAGGCCCACGGCAGGAUGCACCAGAGCUUCGAUUUCGAAGGCCUGGCGGGCGGCAAGCUGGCCGGGCCCGAGGGCGCCAGGGCGCAGCCCAUGAGCGAGCGCACGCGCAGGAGAGCCACCUCUCGCGACGAGGGGCGCCGCUUCAGGCCCCACCGCUCCCGGCGCUCACGGCGCUCGCGCUCGGACAAUGCCCUGCACCUGGCCAGCGAGCGCGAGGCCCUCUCUCGAUUGAAAGAGAGGCCGCCUCUGAGAGCCAGGGAGGACUAUGACCAGUUCGUGCGCCAGCGGAGCUUCCAGGAGAGCCUGGGCCAGGGGUCCCGGAGGGACCUGUACGGCCAGUGCCCGAGGACUGUGUCGGAGCUGGCCCUGCAGAACGCCUUUGGGGAGCGGUGGGGACCCUACUUCGCUGAGUACGACUGGUGUUCCACCUGCUCUUCCUCCUCGGAGUCCGACAACGAGGGCUACUUCCUAGGGGAACCGAUCCCGCAGCCUGCGCGCCUGCGCUACGUGACCAGCGACGAGCUGCUGCACAAAUACAGCAACUACGGCCUCCCCAAGUCCUCCACGAUAGGAGGCCGGGGACAGCUGCACAGCCGGAAGAGACAGAAGAGCAAGAACUGCAUCAUCUCCUAA